UACAGAGGCUUCAACCAACAGUGAAGAACCAAACCAAAACCAUUUUUAAUAUAACCAAUUCUCAGAAUCCCAUUCCUCCGACGGCAUAAAACUUACUCCAACCAAACCACUUUUGUUAUGCUGUCUUCUAAUUCUUUCACUCUUUUUAUUUUUUUCUCUCCUCUGUUUCUCUCCCUUUUUACCUUCCUCUUCAGGUCUUUUCAUGGGGAGAAAAUCUUGGAAACUUCUGAUGAUGAUCAUUCACGGCCACUGGAGGAGGAGGCCGAUGGCGGCGGCGGAGUGACUGAGAGUUUAGAAGAGAAGGAAACGGAGGAGUUUGUUUUUAAUUUCAGGUUCCAAACGUUUGAGGAGUUUAGCAAAUCGAAUCAAGGAAAUUUUGGUUCUCAGAAACUGGAUUCCAGUGGUUGUUCUUCUUCUUCAAUAAGUAACAGAUACGAGUUUUCGCCGGAGAAGAGUACGAGCCACUUUGUGGAAGAAGCUAAAGUUCCGAGCUUUACAGUGGAGGUUUUAAAUUCUUGUUCGAAACACGUGGGUUUGGGAAAUGGGAAUUUUUCUGUUCGAGAAGUUUCUGGAAAGGUUUUGGAAUCUGAAGUUACAGAUUGCUUUUCCGAUGGAACAGAGGAAUUUUCCGGGAAAAUUUUGAAAUUUGAAGCCGUUGGGGAAGGAGAAAUAACAGAGACCUCUGUAAACGGAGGAGAGCAAAUUUCAGAGAAACAGAGUGAAGAAGAAGAAGAAGAAGAAGAAGACAAUGAGUUUCGUCAGAGUUCCGAUUCAGACACCGGCGUGGAUGUCGGAGGUGGGUUUCCCUCCGAUUUGGAUUUGGAUUUGGAAUUGGAAACCGGCGGGUACGAACCAGACGAGGAGAUAAACGAAGAACCGGAGAAGUCGCGGGAGGAGGGGAAUGAAAACAGAGAAGAUUCAGAGGAGUGGGAAGAUGAAGAACUGAAAAUGGAAAUGAAGAAAGGGAGAGGCAGAGGGCUGGCCACCAUUUAUGAAGAAUCAGAGUCACCAAAGGUAAUGGGAGAAUUGAGGGCAUGGAAGAUAGAUGAGAGGUCUGAAUAUGGAGAUUUAAUGGAGGAGCUUCACAAAUUCUACAAAGCUUACAGAGAGCGCAUGAGGAAAUUGGAUAUCUUGAAUUUCCAGAAGAUGUAUGCAAUGGGGGUUUUGCAAUCAAAGGACCCACUAAAGUCAUUUUGUAGCGACAGAAAAUCUUCAUGGCCAUCAUCAAUCACGUCUCUUCUCUCGCACGACCUAAGGCUGUACAGACAAAAGAAAUGUCAAGUGGACCCAAUGAAGAAGUUCAUAAGAGAAGUUCACUGUGAAUUGGAGAUGGUAUAUGUGGGCCAAAUGUGUCUCUCUUGGGAGUUCAUUCAAUGGCAAUAUGAAAAGGCUUUGGAUUUGUGGGAAUCUCAACCUCAUACACGACUUCACCAUUACAAUCAAGUUGCUGAUGACUUCCAACAGUUCCAAGUUCUCUUGCAAAGAUUCUUAGAGAAUGAAGCUUUCCAAGGCCCAAGACUCCAAAAUUACGUCAAGAAUCGUUUCAUUGCUCGUAAUCUUCUUCAAGUUCCAGUCAUCAAAGAGGAUAAAACGAGGGACAGAAAGAAGGCAAGAAGAGGGAAAGAGGACGGUUACGAAGCAAUCACAAGUGAUAUACUUGUAGAGAUAUUGCAAGAAUCAAUAAGAGUAAUAUGGCAGUUCAUUCGAGCAGAUAAAGAUCACAGCAACACCACAAAACGCUCGAAAAAGUUCCAAGCCGAACUCCAAAACCCAGCCGAUAAGCAACUUCUAACCGAGAUUCAAACAGAUCUCCAAAAGAAAGAAAAGAAGGUGAAGGACAUUAUGAGAAGUGGAGAUUGCAUACUGAAGAAACUGCAGAAGAAAGAAAAAGGAGGAGAUUUGUGUUUCUUGAGUAAAGUGGAUAUGAAGUUGGUAGGAAGAGUUCUUAAAAUGUCAAGAAUAACAACAGAUCAGUUGAUUUGGUGCAGAAACAAAUUGAAUAGAAUCAGUUUCUUCAACACUCAAAUCCAUGUACACCCUUCCUUCUUUCUUUUUCCCUGUUCCUGCUAAGUUCUUCCCAGUAUAUCACAAUUAUUGUAUAUAAACAUGAACACACAACGUUUCCUUCA